AUGGCGUGCACGAUCGUCUCAGCCCUCGCGACCGCGCGGGCCCCCGCGGGGAUGCGCCCCCGGACACGCCGUACCCCGCGUGCUCGCCCGAUCCGACCCCCAAACCCCGUCUCAUUCGUCGGCGGGCGAUCGGGCGCCCCUCGCGCCCCAAACACGAAGAUCGUUAACAACCAUCGAGAGCUCCCGCCGCUCGCCGCGGCGGGCGGCGACGGCGACGAGACUCUCGACGAGACUCUCGACGUCGACGCGGUCAUGAAGGAGAUCACCGACACCUCGCAGCUCGGCCAGCGCGACGAGGCGUUCUUCGUCGGCCAGAUGGUCCUCGUCCUCCUCGUCGCCUUUCCCCCGUUCCAGAUGGACUUGGGCGACGACGUCAAGUUUGGCGAUCCCCUCUUCGGACUGGCCACCAUGGCCCUGGCGGCGGUGCUCCUCGUGCAGGGCUCCAAGAACCUCGGCAACUCCCUCACACCGUUUCCCAAGCCGAGGGCGGACAACGUGCUCAAGACCGGCGGAGCCUACGCCGCCGUACGGCACCCCAUGUACUCGGGGCUCAUCUUCGGAUGCUUCGGAGUGGCGCUGCUCACGGGCGAUCCCACCCGCACGCUCUUCACCAUGGCGCUCGCCGCGUUGCUCAACGCCAAGGCGGCCAAGGAGGAGGACUACCUCUGCGAGAUGCACGGCGCGGACGUGUACGGUAAAUACGCGGCGGAGGUACCCAGACUCGUUCCCCGCAUCGACGGCAUGAAGCAAGUCGUGCAGGAUUUCGCGGAUGGGUUUGAGAGUAAUAAGGAGUGA